GAGAUGUGGGAAAUAUUUUGGGAUUGCUCCUGAUGAGCAGACACCGCAGCAAGGAGGAUUUAUGUGUCACAGUGGUACCAAGAAUAUGGAAUAUUUCCUGUAUUUCUCUUUCCUCCCAUUCCCAAUAAAAACCCACUCAGAGGAGAAGAAAAAGGAAAUAAGAAAAACAACAGAAGUAAAAAGGAAGCAACUGGUGGACUGGUGAUUUCCUCCUGCCUGUCACUAGAAUACAACCCCGAUCUCCUGAGCCAUCCAUCAGCAUCUGCCCUCAAACCACCCCGGCCCCGCUCCGGCCGCGAACAUCCCCGGAGAGCGGCGGGGCCGGGCGGGAGCGCAUGGACCGGCAGCAGGGACGGGGCUGCAUCGCACGGAACCCCCCGCGCUGCCCCGCGGAGCUGCAGCCGAGCUGGGAGGGCUCUGGAAAACGGGAAUUGUCACGGGAACUGAUGAAGACAGAGGGGAAACAAGAGAGCUGCCCUGACAUACCCGUGCUGAGGCGUCCGAGAGCUGCAGGGACAGCCAGAGUCCCUGGGGCACAUCCUCGGCGUGCCAGAGAGGGUGGCCUGGCCCUGGUGAGAUUUUGGGGGCACCAAAAUGCCAUUUCCACGGAUCGUGCCCUCAGCACUUUGGCUGGUGCUGCACCUCACAGCAGGACCCUGCAGGAGGGGGGCAGUGAGUGCCAGCAGAGCCACCCGUGGCACCACAGAGGUCUGUGACAAGGGGACGAUGAGAGCCAGCCCCUGCUGUGCCAUCCCUGGUGGCACCAACGUCACCCUGUCCUGCCAGCUGGCAGCCCCACAGGGCCGGUGCUGGACAGGGAUUUUCUUCAACAGCUCCGAGCAAAUCCGAGCCCAGGGGGACUCAGUGAGCAACACCUUCCUGGUCACUGCCCUCGGCAGGCACUCCUUCACCUGCAAGCUCAUCUGUGGAGACAGGACAAGACUCAUCUGUGGAAUCGACAUCCAGUGUGGGAAUCCUCCAGAUGAGCCCAGGAACGUGUCCUGUAUCCAGAAGGGGACACGGGGACAUCCCACCUGCACCUGGCACAAGGGCAGGCUCACCUACCUCCACACUGCCUAUGGCAUAGAGCUCUCCAACGGGACCCAUGCCUUUUCCUUUCCAGAGGAAACUCCCAGUCAGGUGUUUGGCUCCGGGGCUCUGAGCAAGCUGGAUUUUGACUCCAAUUACACCGUGGUGGUUUCUGCCUCCAAUCAAUUAGGAAAUGCCUCUUCCCAGCCACUCACCUUCAUGCUGAUAGACAUAGUGAAGCCACACCCUCCUGACUUUUGGGUGGAAUUUGAUGAUUCCUCAGCCACCAGCUGCUCCAUUGUGUGGCCCCACGAGGCACAGGCACGGCACUGCAGGCUGAGGUACCGUCCCCUCGGCAGGCACAGCUGGAGCACGGUCGAGAGCUUCAGCAGGGAGAAAUACCAUCUGCAGGGGCUGGAGCCCGACACAGCCCACGAGUUCCAGGUGAGCUGCAGGCUGCUGCCCGGCCGGGGGCUCUGGAGUGACUGGAGCAGCAGCCAGGGCAGCACCCCAGCAGCAGUGCCAACAGGGACCCUGGAUGUCUGGUACCGGCAGCAGGAGCUGGACUCAGGGCACCAGAACCUCUCCCUUUUCUGGAAGGCUCUGAGCAGGUCGGAGGCAGGAGGGAGAAUCCUGGGCUACACCGUGACCUUGGAGUCCCUGGAGCAGGGGAAGCUCCCGGCACAAUCCCACCGCACCACCCAGACCAGCUUCUCCAGGGUCACCCCCAGGGCGGGCCACAGGGUGACGGUGACCGCGCACAGCCCGCGGGGCAGCUCCGCCCCCGCGGCCGUCCUGACGCACCUGGGCAGCCCAGAUCUGCCCCCUCCCCAGCGGGUCUGUGCCGUGGGCCUGGGGAACAGCAGCAUCCUGGUGAGCUGGAGCCCCCCUGCUGGAGCCACCCUGCCCGUCGGGGGGUACCUGGUGGAGUGGGCAGAGCCCUGGAGGGAGCCACGCCUGCAGCCCCGGCACAGCUGGGUCAAGCUGCCCCCGUCCCACCUGUCCACUGUGAUAGCAGAGCACAUCAGAGAUAACAUCUGCUAUCAGAUCCACGUGUCUGCACUUUAUCAGGACAGAGCUGGGCAGGCAGCAUCAGUCAGGGGAAACUCCACAGCCCAAGCCCCAUCAGCUGGACCCCAGAUGUUCACAACCCCCUGGGCCAGCGGUGUCCUGGUUUCCUGGGAGGAGAUCCCAGCCCCCCAGCAGAGAGGCUGCAUCACUGGGUACCACAUCUACCUGCACAGGAAGGAUGGGCAGGGCCAGCCCGAGGUCCAUGCCGUUCCCGCCGGGAAGGCUCCUCGCUCCCUGCACCUCCCUCACCUGGAGCCCGGCGAGCACCACGAGCUCUGGAUGACAGCGGCGACCGCGGCCGGGGAGGGGCCCCGGGGCAACAGCGACAGCGUCUGCCUGGAGAGUGCUGGGGGCUGGGUGACUCUGGCGCUCGUCUGCAGCUUCUUCAUCCUCUCAGCCUGCCUUUGUUCUGUGCCUCCAGCAAGGAGAGUGUUCCAGGGGCUCCUCUCCCUCCUCCUGCCGCAGUGGCAGAGCAAAGCCAUUCCCGACCCUGCCAACGCCACGUGGGCCAAGAGCUUAGCGGCUGCCAAGGCGGAGCUGAGCGCUCCCUCCAGCCCCUUCCUGCCUGGCGCCUUCGAGGAGCCCGAAACGAGCCCGGUGGAGGAAAGCCCGGCUCACCCCGAGCCCCCCAAGGCCGGGGACAAGCCGGUGGUGGGCAGCGCUGGCAGCAGGGGGCACGGCGACUGGGCAGCGGAGAGCUCGGCGGAGGAGCAGCAGCUCCCGGAGCUGUACCAGAGGCUGGUGGUGGAGGCGAUGGAGCCCCCGGAGCCCGUGGCCGAGUACAUCUCCAACCCCGGCACCCUGGCCCCGGAGCCCGCCCCCGAGCCCGAGCCCAGCCCGCUCUCCGUCUUCCCAACGGCGUUCCUGCCUCCCGCCCUCUGCUGCCAAGGGAAUCUGACUCUGGAUCGAGUGAAACUCAGCGGCAGCUCCUUCCCGAGGUAGGCAGGGGGCGAUGUGAGCCAGGCAAGAUUUUUGGCACUUUACAGAGUAUUUCGAUGGGAGUCCGGCAGGAAUUUUGGCACUUUACCAAGCAUUUCGGUGUGUUUUGAUGUGAGCUCAGCCUGGAUCAGGCACUUUACAGAGUAUUUUGGUGUUCCAAUGUGAGCUCAGCCUGGAUUUUGGCACUUUACAGAGUAUUUCAGCAUGUUUUGAUGUAAGCCCAGCCUGGAUUUUAGCAUUUAUGAAAUAUUUCAGUCUUUCAGCAAAGCCAGUCCAGUCCCUCACAUGUGACACCUCCGAGUGACAAAAUCUUUCCCCAGUCACACCUCACCUUAGGACAUGGCUGCUCCUCUGCAGAGGCACAGCUGGGGAUGCCAGAGCUGGAUUUUGGGGAUUUUGGGAGCCCUUCCUGCAGCCUGGGCUGCCUCAAGCCCUGUCCCACUGCCCAGCCCAGGAUCAGAGCUGGAAAUCACCAUUUCCACCAGAAAGAGCAAGGAGCUGCAAAAGGGAAGGAUGGAACAGCUCAGCACCUCUUGUUCCCCCCCUGGCACCAAGUCAGAGUCCUCAGUGUCACCAGAUCCAAGGGGGACAAAGCACCAGAGCCAGGGCCCCUUCCUUGCCUCAGUUCAGGGCAGGAAAAUUCCUCACCAGAACUAGAAGCAGCAGGCAGCAUCUGUACUCAGUCAAAUGGAUUGUCAAGAGGAAUUUAAGUGAUUUAUUGGAGUGUUCUAAUUACAGGCUGCAAGGGUGUUACACAUUUAAUGACUUUGUUUACCAGAUGUGUGUAUAUAAAUAAAAUGUUGGAAAUCUGAA